UUAGCCCUGCCGGAUUGGAGCUACUGCGCCAAAGCCCGGCUCCGGAUUUAUGUCUGACGUCAGACCGUGGCCAUUAGGGCUCUCCUCUGGCAGCAUCAGCGCUGAGCAGCACCAGCAUCCCGCCACAUAUCGACGAGGGACGUGGGUGUCGGAUGAUGUCCGGGCUGCACCCGCACACACCGCUCUGAUCGAGUCUCCUUCUGGCAGUCAAAGCGGCACCGACACGCCGCAUGUUGACAAAAGCAAUGGCGCUGAACGCGAAGAGGUAGCCUAGCGCAGGGCUAACGGUGGAGCCGAAACAAAACGAGGAGCUUAGGGCAAGCAUUAAGGACAACUAAUCCCAUGAACACUCAAAAAUCUAACAAGGCACAAGCGAAUAUCAGCACUGCUGGGAGACGGAGGAGGCGAUAUAAGAGGAGAAAGGGAAGCAGCGGACUGCAGUUUUGCGCUGUCUUUGCACCGAAUUUGAAUGAAUUUUGAUUUGCAAGCUACCUGGAAAUGGGAGCGCUGACAAGCAGACAGAAUGCCGGAGUGGAGGAGGUCGACAUACCGUCCAACUCUGUUUACAGAUACCCACCGAAAACUGGGAGCUACUUUGCCAGUCAUUUCAUUAUGGGAGGAGAGAAGUUUGACUCAUCCCAUCCUGAGGGUUACCUGUUUGGAGAAAACACAGAUCUCAAUUUCCUGGGGAACAGACCAGUAACGUUCCCAUACAAUGCUCCGCCCCCACAUGAGCCAGUAAAGACGCUCCGCAGUCUCAUCAACAUCCGCAAGGAUACCCUCCGACUGGUCAGAUGUAGUGAAGACAUGAAGUUGCCUGGACAAGAGGUUGGAAAAGGGCGCAGUUGCUACAAUAUUGAGUUUACUUUUGAUGCUGACACGCAAGUUGCCAUCACUAUUUACUACCAAGCCAUUGAGGAGUUCCACAAUGGUGUGCCCAUAUAUCUGCCGCAGGACAGCUCGCUGCAGUCAGAGACUGUGCAUUUUAAAAGAGGCGUCUGCCAGCAGUUCUGCCUGCCCUCGCAUUCUGUCAACUUGUCAGAGUGGUCAGAUGAAGAGCUUUUAUUCGACAUGGAUAAGGAAAUCUUUCCCAUGGUUGUGCAAGCAGUGGUGGAUGAAGGAGAUGAGCAUCUAGGACACUCUCAUAUACUUCUCGCAACAUUUGAGAAGCAUAUGGAUGGCAGCUACUGUGUGAAACCCCUGAAGCAGAAGCAAGUAGUGGAUGGUGUUAGUUACCUACUGCAGGAGAUUUAUGGCAUAGAAAACAAAUACAACAGCCAGGAAUCUAAAGUGGCUGAUGAUGAGAUUAGUGACAACAGUGCGGAGUGCGUGGUGUGUCUGUCAGAUGUGCGUGACACACUCAUCCUUCCCUGCCGACACCUGUGCUUGUGCAAUGCUUGCGCAGACACAUUGCGCUACCAAGCCAACUGCUGCCCAAUUUGCCGCCUGCCAUUCCGAGCUCUGCUGCAGAUCCGAGCUUUGAGGAAGAAGCUGAGCCCUCUCCCACAGAGCGGAUUCAACCCAGUCAUCACUUCACAGACAUCAGACUCUGAGGAGCAUUCGGCCUCGGAGCACAUUCCGCAGGGCUAUGAGGCCGUGUCUCUACUGGAGGCACUGAACGGACCACUAAACCCCUCACCAGCUGCUCCCCCACUGCAAGGCCUGACGAAGGGGCAUGUCUCUGGCACUCUGCCUACAUACGGCAGUGAGAGCCACCACACAGCUCACUCCCUCUCCCCUUUAGAACAUUCCAUCAACUCCAGCCAGGGCCUCAAACUCAAGAAGAGCGGCUCCAAGUCCCUCUCUCAGAAUUCUUCAGUGCUACCUGAAGAAGAGGAUGAGAAGUCAUGCAGUGAGUCCGAGGUUCAGGCUUGCAGAAGGAAACUGCCUGUGGACCAGCAAGAGUGUGGCGUGACUCCUGAAAGUGACAAUCUCACACUAUCCUCAUCUGGAGCCAUAGACCAAUCCUCAUGUACCGGCACCCCUCUCUCCUCCACUAUCACCUCUCCUGAAGACCCCGUGAGCAGCAGCCUAGCCCAGUCCGUCAUGUCCAUGGCAUCAUCUCAGAGUCAGCACUCUCAGAUCAGCACGGACACACUCUCCUCCAUGUCUGGCUCCUACCUGGCAGGGGCAGAAGGAGAAGAGCCAAACGAAAACUCAGCCGAGAGCCAGGGACCAUCACGGCAGGAGGGGGAGCAGGAAAUCCCCAGUGAGUCAAAUGACCAUAACUUUGUAGCAGCCAUGGUUGAAGAACAGGAUUCAGAGGGAAAUGAUGUGACAGAGGAGGACUGUGCAUCUCCUACUAAAGACCAGGGUGGGCGCGGGAGGAGCGAGGUGCCUUGUCCAGAGUUUGACAAUAACAAUCAGGGGCAGUCUGACACCCACUGUCUGACAGGCCUGGACAAUGAACAGGCUCCUGAUGGCCGAUUCGCUGGUCUGCUGUACCUGGAAGCCUACCAACGUUCUAUAGAGCCUCUGCCCCACCACGCCUCCACCAGCAACAUCAACCUGGAGGAACAGGGGGUCACCAAUAUGGGGACAAGCCCUAAAAACACACCAAAAACUCGCCGUGGACCACUAGCUGUGUGAAAGACAUCCCUCCAAUACGGCCAUCUGCUGUCAUAUGGCUGCACAGCCUGACCCUGUUCCAGCAUGAGGGUCGUCAAGCAACCACACCAACUCUUCAUCUCACCCCUAUACCCUGAACAAAGCAAGAAUUUACAACCUUUUUUUCAUCUUCAUUUGUUUUCUUUUUCUGAACUCUUAGUAUUAGGGUGAAACCCAACAGUUUGUGGCUUUUCCUCGUCAUUGUGCUAAAAGAUGUUGUGUUUACACCCAUGUUUACCUUAGCACCUUCACUCUGCCCCUGCCUUCAUCCACCCACAUGGAAAGAAUCCCAAAGAGGCCCUAAUAAUGACCUGAUUAGAGCAUUUGGUGAAGAUGCCUCAUCCAACAUCUGAGUCAUGAUGUACUUAAAUCUUCCUCUGACAAGUAAUUGAUGAAUAACAUCCAAAACAUGAUUACAGCAGAACCACCUGGUUUGAUUUCUCUCAGCGGACUUUCAACUGACCCAUCAAGAGUUCCUGUAAACGUUUGCAUGCACAGAAUCUUCUUACAAACCUAUCCUGUUUAGCUCCACUUGGACUUUCAGAAUAUUCAGUAUUUGAAUGUCUAAUAUGUUGCACUUCCUGCGUUGUGACAAAGAACUGGCAAAAGGAGAAAAAGGCUACACUGCAAAUGGAGGGAUUUGUAACUCUCAACAAUAAGCCUAACGAAGGACAAUGAGCCUAACAAAGGGUAGGUUUUAAAAAUUGACCCCUAGUACGCCUAUUUGCCUGCUCUACACAAAGUGAGAUACAACAUCUAACAGGAUGAAUUUUAGAGCAAUAAUACAUCCUUGUAUUGUCCUCGUCAGUUUUGCUGCAUCUUACUCUUACUGAGCUGAUCUUACAGCUGUGCAUGUCACAAAGACACGCAAUAGCCUGAAGCUACGAAGCUGCCUCACCUGACUUCCACAUCAGACUGGAUGGUGUUAGACUGGUGAAUGAGGAGAAUCUGCAGAAACCUGCCAAGGAGGUCCACAAAUGGCAUCAAGUCUCAAUGCUAUGAUACAUUUAAUAUCACAGAAUUACAAUCAUGUGUUACGUUUACAGUUGGUGGAACAUAUUUUGAGGGAGGAGUAGCACAGUUAGCUUGUUGUUGAAUAGAACAUGGGAUUAAAAUGCUGCUAGUGCCCCUUGUUGUUGUACAGGGAACAGGUAUUAGAAUACUUCAUGAGGGAUAUGGGUUGCCAAGCCAAGUGUCAGUGUAACUGGCGGACCAGGUCUUUUGAAAAAUGAUAUUUCAUGCAUUCCAUGUGGCAAGAGUGCACUGUCCUUAUUAAAAGUGUUUACUUGGCUUCUCGGCCAACUAAUUUGGCUUCAUUUUAAAUGCAGCAUAGAGUGUAAAAAUGUGCCACUCAUUGAGCCAACAGGCAGUUGAUAACACUGAAUUUUGCUAUGCUAUUUUCAAAGGGAAUAGACCGAAUAAGCUUCCACGUUUUUGUUGUAUUAGCAGUGACCUUAUGAUCGUUAACUAAUUAAUAAUCUUUAACCGAUUUGUUUUUUUUUUUUGCUUGGGACAUUUCGGGUUUCCCUUGUGUGUUACGACUAAUGAUGGUACAGUUGAGCCGCCCGUCGUGAUGUCAUAGUUCUCCCAGAUAUCUGUUCUAAACAAAUCUGGAGAGAAUUUCUAGUUCAAUCAUAUUUAUGAUCUCUCGUUAAGACAAUAUGCCUGUGGGCAUUUUUCCUUUGUAAAGAAAUGUUUUUCUUUUUUAUUUUAUGUUAGCAUAGGUCUCGUUAUUGUUGUUAUAUGUUAGUCUGUCGGGUGUGUUCUAUGAAGUAUGAAUAAUGAUGUGAAAUUACAAUUUCUAAUACAAUGUCACCUUUCACAAGUGCACAAUUAGGUUUGUUUGUUUGUUUGUUUUUCCCUAGACCACAAGUAUGUGGUGCAUGUGGCAAGUGUUACACAAGCAUGAUAGUUUCAGCUGGUCCCUACAAGUCAGUAGACGUCCAUUGAAGAAAAAAAGGAACAAUACAUGUACAUUUGCAGUAGAUGUUUACAGUAGCCCUCUCCUGUCCUUAUGUCUCCAGACUCUGCUUACAAAAAUACGUUUCAGAUACUAUAGGCUUACUGAUUUAGAGAACUGUAUGGGCGUUCUUUGUCCUUAAAAGCUAGAGAGAUACUCAGCUGUGCGGUGAAAUUAUUACAGUGGUUAGAUUAUCUCCGAAGGUACUUAUGCUAGAGACAGCUUCCAUCUUAAAUGCAUUAUAGAGCAUGGUUACAUUGUCUGAGUGCUCUGGAAGGUAUUGGUAGGACUUUUUGUUGUUCUGCUGUUCUGCUGUACUGUUCUCACUCUGCACCAAUAGGAAGAAUUACUGUGAUCUGCUCCAAGAUAAAACAUGGACUGAGAAUAUACAUUGAUCACUUUUAUAGAGUGAAAGAUACAAAUGUCAAAAAAACAAUAAACAUUUCUUUAUUUAAAAACUUU